ACACAACUGGUCGUUAUUUUAGCAGCUUGUGUUUUCCCCCAGUAACUAAACGGCCUAAAUUCAUAAGCGUGUUGAGUACAUAUAAGUCAUCCGCUUGGAUACUUUAAGGCUUUCCACCACACUCCUUCGUAGUCAUGCCACUUUUAAAACCAUUGAAGAAAAGUCUCCCAACUUCAGUACAGAAGGACAUUAAAUCCCAGAAAUGCGGACUGCGACACACAGUUUACUCUACCAGUGGAAAUGAAUACACUGGAGAGUGGCUGGAGAACAAGAAGCAUGGCAAGGGAUUUCAGGUUUGGAAGAAAACGGGUGCCGUUUAUGAUGGAGAGUGGAAAUCUGGAAAACGUGAUGGUCAUGGCACCUACAGUGUGCAAAUCCCAGGAUCAAAGGAGUACACAAGGAAGUAUAGUGGGGAAUGGAGAAAUGGAAAGAAGCAUGGUUAUGGGACAUACUUCUACAACAGUUCGACAGUCUAUGAGGGGGAGUGGAAUGAGGACCAACGGAGUGGCUGGGGAAGGAUGUACUAUGAAAAUGGAGACAUAUAUGAGGGCGAGUGGAUGAAACAUAAGAAUCACGGCCAAGGAAUCAUUAGACUUUCCAAUGGAAACUGGUAUGAGGGCUCCUGGCGAGAUGGGAAGAAGAAUGGUGAUGGAAAGUUCUAUUAUGCUGCAAAAGGCCUGCUGUAUGAAGGCUUUUGGGUCGAUGGAGUCGCAAAAUGUGGGACCCUUGUAGAUGUUGGGAGGGACAAAGCACCAGACCCACCCAAGCAUCCAUUUCCAAAGCUAAACCUGUUGGACAUGGAGCUGGUUUUACAGGAAGCCAAAUCAGCUUACCAAGCUUACCGAUGAUGAAGGAGGAAAAAUGGCAAGUUUCCACUUCAUCCGGUCAACUGAAACCAAUAAAAUGACACCAAAUAUUCA